GGUAGGUACCUACCGACUGUGAAAAUUUUAAUGACGAGCUAGAGAUUAAAGUGUUAUCGCAGUCAUAAUUUGACACCACCUGUUCGAUGUCGUUAUAAAAAUUGGAUGCGCCGCGUGUUCCUUUCGCAUUCAAAGCUUUAAAGUAAACUCUGUGCACUGUCGUAUAUUUUUGCUUACAGAUGUAUCUGCAUCUGUACACACCAUAAAGUAUCUACCUAAGGUCUUCGUCCACCACUGAAGAAGCAUUAUAAUAUUAUUGUAUAAUAUUCACCAUCCGUUCCACCGCCGUUGUCCUGCAAAAUGUUGAACAAAAUAUCAGUUGUGCAUUUGAAAUUGAAUGGCAAAAACAGAAAAACAAUCGUAGAAUGUGCUAGUGGAGGUUUUGAAAGAUGAAUAAUAUGGGAACUAUAUGCUAUUAAUUCUUCACCACCAGCGUAAUGUCGUUUCAACAGUUCAUCAUCGGCGGAGUGUUCGGAUUUUCAGCCGUCAUACUUCCACAGCUUGAACGGUGUGACGCUCUCUUCAAAGUCGACGCCGACCAAGCGUCCUGGAUAGCAAGUCUACCGCUCCUGCUGUGCCCCAUCGGUUCGCUGGUGUUUGGCUAUUUGUCCGACAGAUACGGCCGGAAGUUAUCACUGCAGCUUACGUACGUACCCCUGCUCAUCAGCUGGUCGCUGCUCUUCAACGCUGUCUGCUUGAAAGACAUUUACAUCGGCAGACUGUUGACCGGACUGGCUACCGGCACAGGCGGCGUGAUCUACGUGUACAUAGCAGAGACGAGCCCGACGGACAGCCGUCCGUUCUUCCUGUUGAUCUACACACUGUUCGUGGGCCUGGGCCUGAUGACGUCUGCGGUGUUGGGCGCGCUGUUCCACUGGCGGACAGUGGCAGCCGUGUUCGCCGUCAUGUGCGUGGUCGGUUUCGUCGCGCCGUUCUUCGUGCCGUCCACGCCGAUGUGGCUGCGGUCCCGGAAGCGAGAAGAGGAGGCCCGACAGGCCGAGAAGUGGUUCGGGUUCGAGCUGGACCGCAUCGACGACCUGCCCACGCUGCCUCCACCGCCUUGCGCAGCUGCGGCCAUGGCCACGUUGAGCCGGGCCGACUCGACGGUUGGCGCGAACAUGGAAAAGAACGUGAGCUGCUGGGGCACGUACUCCUCGCCCACCGUCUGGAAGCCCGCGCUCGCCUCCUUCGCAUUCUUAUGCUGCCAACAAGCGUCCGGGUUCUACGUGUUGCUGUUCUACUCUGUGGACGUGAUGCGCGACUGCCGUGUGUCCAUUGACGGAAUGACCGCCGCCGUGUACCUGUGCGCCGCCCGUCUGGCCGGCACCAUCGUCAGCCUCAUGUUCCAGUCGGCGACCAAGCGCAUGCUGACUACCGUCUCGGGGCUGGGCAUGUGCGUGUCCAUGUCCACCGUGGUCGGUUACCUGUACGCGUUCAACGGCGAGCCCGACCCGCCGGCCUCUGACUUGCUGAUCGUGCCGUUCCUGUUUUACGUGUUCUUCGCAAUGUUCGCCGUGCUGCCGUUACCGUGGAGCGCGUGCGGCGAGAUGUUCCCGAUGGCUGUAAAGGGCACCAUGAACGGCGUCAUGUACUCGUGCGGUUACGAGCUCAUGUUCGCCGCCAUCAAGGUGUACCCGAUGCUGGUGGACACGUUCGGCAUCCGUGUCGUGUGGACAGCGUCAGCGUGCACGUGCUUGAUCACUUCCCUGUUCGGCGCGUUCGUCCUGCCCGAGACCACUGGCAAGACGUUAAAUGAGAUAACUGACGGGUUCAGGUCAUCCAAGGACAAGGCCCGCAAGAAGAUAGCCAAACCUCAAAUACCCUAGACCCGACCCCCACUGCUCAUUCGGUUUUAAAGUAUUAUUCAGUCGUAUAGUUAGGUCAGUUACGUGACAGCGGCAUUUCGAACGAUAAUAAUUGUGUUCAAAAUGUCUAUGCUACACAAUCAUGAUACUGUAUAAAUUGUGAAUAUUUAAAAAUGUAUUUUUUAUACGAGUUUGAGUACGACGAGUCACCGCAAUUCUGUGAUACCCAUAAUACGAUUGUGUUAUAACAGCUAGCAAUAAAAUACAUCACGGCCAAUAUUUAAAUAGCUAUCGCCGUACCGUAUCCCCCCCUUCCCCUCUAGACCGGUUAGGUCGAGUGUACAUAAAAACGCCUUAUACUUGGGGUAUAAUAGACCCAUUUUAUUAAAACAAUUAAAUGUAAUAAAAAAGUACUGUAAGUUUAUUUAACAUCCGUGUAAAUAUAAUAUACUAAGUAUGUCGUAUAUACCUAGUUUAAACUAUACUAUAGUUUUAAUAUAGUAUAAUGUAUGUAAUAUAUAAGUGUAAGUAUGUUUUGUAGUAGAUAUGUUUGUGUAAUUAAUGGGACACGUGCAAUGUUUACGAAUCGACUAUCAUUUUGUAACGCAAUUAAUAUUUUGUAUGUAAAUUAUAGCUUUUAACGAAA